AUGAGUUUUUCCAUUGAUGAAGUGAAUUUUCUCGUGUAUCGAUACUUACAGGAGUCCGGAUUCCAUCAUUCAGCUUAUACAUUUGGAAUUGAAUCACAUAUAUCGCAAAGCAAUAUAAAUGGUGCCUUAGUGCCGCCGGCAGCAUUGUUAAAUAUACUGCAGAAGGGUUUGCAAUAUACCGAAGCCGAAAUAACUAUUGGAGAAGAUGGAACUGAAACACGUCUUACAGAGAGCCUGAGUUUAAUUGAUGCUGUAACUCCAGAUAUUGUGUCCACUCGUCAAAAUGCUCAUAAUGCUCAAAAGCAAGCUAACAAAGAACCAGGUUCUGGUGGAGAACAAAACGGAGUUGAUGGAACAGCAUGUAGUGCAGCAUCGACCACAGGAGGCACGGUAACACCAAAUGUACCAGAAAAUAUGGAUGUUGAUCAAUCAAUUGAAAUACCAGCAAGCAAGGCAACAGUACUACGAGGACAUGAAUCUGAAGUGUUUAUUUGCGCUUGGAAUCCAAGCACUGAUUUAUUGGCUAGUGGUUCAGGAGAUAGCACUGCUCGAAUAUGGGAUAUGUCAGACAAUCCAGCAACUACACCUAAUCAGCUUAUAUUAAGACAUUGUAUACAAAAAGGUGGAGCCGAGGUGCCUAGCAAUAAAGAUGUUACCUCAUUGGACUGGAAUUGUGAUGGUAACUUAUUGGCGACUGGAUCAUAUGAUGGCUAUGCAAGAAUCUGGACAACUGAUGGCACAUUAGCAUCUACCUUAGGGCAACACAAAGGUCCUAUAUUUGCACUCAAGUGGAAUAAGAGGGGAAAUUAUAUCUUAAGUGCAGGGGUUGACAAGACAACAAUUAUAUGGGAUGCAGCAUCAGGCCAAUGCACUCAACAGUUUUCUUUCCAUGCAGCACCAGCUCUUGAUGUUGAUUGGCAAACAAACAAUUCAUUUGCUUCAUGUUCAACUGACCAAUGUAUUCAUGUUUGCAGGUUACAUGUUGACAAACCCAUAAAAAGCUUCAAGGGACAUACGAAUGAAGUCAAUGCAAUAAAAUGGGACCCACAAGGACAACUCCUUGCAUCAUGUUCCGAUGACAUGACAUUAAAAAUAUGGUCCAUGAAACAAGACACGUGGGUUCAUGACCUUAAGGCACAUUUGAAAGAAAUAUACACCAUAAAGUGGUCUCCUACUGGACCUGGAACACAGAAUCCUAAUAUGAAUUUAAUAUUAGCCAGUGCAUCAUUUGAUUCUACAGUGCGCUUAUGGGAUGUGGAAAGAGGAGUUUGUAUUCAUACUCUAACAAAACAUACUGAACCAGUUUACAGUGUAGCAUUCUCUCCCGAUGGGAAAUUUUUAGCCAGUGGAUCCUUUGACAAGUGUGUUCACAUAUGGUCAACACAGACAGGUGGGCUGGUACACUCUUAUAAAGGGACAGGUGGUAUUUUUGAAGUAUGCUGGAAUUCAAGAGGUACAAAAGUAGGUGCCAGUGCGAGUGAUGGAAGUGUUUUUGUCUUAGAUUUACGCAAAUUUAUUAAUAAGAAAUACUAUGUAGUAUGUAUACUUAAUUAUAGAUAUUAUUUUAAUAAAAAUGUUUUUGUUAUAAAAACUUGA